AUGGUGGGAGGAGUAUUAUCUUUGCUAUACUCGGAGAGUGAAUCGCUCCUUUUAUUUGACGAAGUGCUUAAAGAGUCUUCUGACAUCGCUCUUCAAAAUCCGUCAAAAUGGGGCAAAAAUAUGCUUUCAGCGUUAAAAGAAAUGGGAUGUGAGGAAAUAGCAGGAAUGAUAUACAAUAAAGAUGAAAAUGAAAAAAUAGAAGAAAAAAUUGAUGCAGGGAUAGAAAGAUAUAAAGAAAGACUUAAGGAAGAGGACAAAAAAGCAAUUGAGAGAUCGACAUAUAAUAAAAUAUAUAAAAGAAUAAUGAUCGAAGAGGAUGAAUACAAUUAUUAG